CGGUUUUAUUAUAGUUUUUUGUUUGAUCCUCUGCACUGUAAUUAUUUGUGCAAACGUCGUAAGCUAUGCAGUGGCUUCAUGCUGCAUGUUGCUGGCCUUUAUUAAAGAUCUCAAACAAGAAGUGAAUACUAUGAAUGCGAUUUAUACGGCAGAAGAGAAUCGGUCAGAGCUCAAGGUUAAAUUAAUUGAAUUCGUUGAAUUUCACAACACUGUGAAAGAAAUGGUUCGUAAUUUUACGGGAAUUUAUGAAUUCAUUUUCCUGGUCUACUUUUUAUGGAGCAACCUAACUAUUUGCAGUACUCUUUUAAUGACUCAAUUCGAAUUAUCAAAGGAUGACACGAAUUUCUUCAUACUCAUAGUUCAAAUUGGUAUCAUGUUUUGGUCAUUCUUCAUAAUAUUUCUAUUCUGUUACUUCGGUGAGAAUAUUACCAGCGAAUUUACAGAUUUGAAUGAUCAUAUUUAUCAUUGCGACUGGCAUUUAUUUCCUCGUGACAUUCAACGCAUGUUGCCAAUCCUUUUGAUCAAUACCCAACGACCAGUUAUACUCAAAGGUUUUGGAAACAUUUUAUGCACACACGAAAAUUUUAAAACGGUGGCAAACAGGGGAUAUUCCUUCUUCAUGAUACUUCGCGAAUAUCAAAGUUAAAAAGUGUUUUUAAAAACGGAG